AUGACCGCCGUCGCCGCUCCCAUUGACCAGUUGGUCAAGCAGGUCGAUGGCCUCAACCUCGACGCCGUCAAGGCCAAGUUCCCCGACACCUACCCGGACUUGAACCUCAUGGACCUCUACCGCGCCCACCUCGCCAACGUCCUGUCCGAGGUCACCGGCGUCGACACUGCCCUCAUCUACCCCAACCUCGGUUGGACUUCGGGUCUCGACAAGGGCGACAUUGCCCUGCCCGUCCCCUCGCUCAGGGUGAAGGGCAAGAAGCCAGACGAGCUCGCCCAGGAGUGGGCUGCCAAGUUCCCCGACACCGAUCCCCUCUUCACCAAGCCCACCGUUAGCCAGAUCCACCUCAGCUUCUUCGUCAAGGCUUCUCCCCUCGUCAACGCCGUUAUUCCCUUGGUCCAGCACAAGGGCGCCGAGUACGGUUUCAACAAGGCCGAUGGUCUCAAGGACCCCAAGGACCCCAGCAAGGGCCAGAAGCGCAUCAUUGUCGAGUUCUCCUCCCCCAACAUCGCCAAGCCUUUCCACGCCGGCCAUCUCCGUUCCACCAUCAUCGGUGGUUUCCUCUCCAACCUUUACGCUGGCGCUGGCUGGGAUGUCAUCCGCAUCAACUACCUUGGCGACUGGGGCAAGCAGUACGGUCUCUUGGCCCUUGCUUACGAGAAGUAUGGCGACGAGGAGGCCCUCCAGAAGGACCCCAUCAACCACCUCUUCCAGCUCUACGUCCGCAUCAACACCGAGAUGACCGCCGAGAAGGAGGAGCUCACCAAGCGCAAGGAGGCCGGCGAGGAUGUCUCUGCUCUCGAGGCCAACAGCUUGGACGAGCAGGCUCGUCGCUACUUCAAGAAGAUGACGGACCGCGACGCCGAUGCCCUCGCCAUGUGGAAGCGCUUCCGUGACCUCUCCAUUGUUCGCUACAAGGACACGUAUGCCCGCCUCAACAUCCACUUCGACGAGUACUCGGGUGAAUCCCAGGUCUCCGAGGAGGCCAUGAACAAGGUCGGCAACCUCAUGGAGGAGAAGAAGAUCUGCAAGGAGGACAAGGGCGCUCAGCUCAUCGACUUCUCCGAGCUCGUUCCCGGCAAGGAGGGCAAGCGUCUCGAGAAGCCUCUUGUCAGGAAGAGGGACGGCACUGCCCUCUACCUUACCCGUGAUAUCUCUGAGCUCCUCGGCCGCCACGAAAAGUACAACUUCGACAAGAUGAUCUACGUCGUUGCUUCUGCUCAGGACCUCCACUUGAGGCAGCUGUUCAAGAUCAUCGAGCUCCUCGGCUACAAGGACAUUGCCGACAAGUGCCAGCACAUCAACUUCGGUCUCGUCCUUGGCAUGUCCACCCGCAAGGGUACCGUCAAGUUCCUGGACGACAUUCUCCGUGACGUCGCCGACAAGAUGCACGAGGUCAUGAAGAAGAACGAGAACAAGUACUCCCAGAUCGAGGACCCCUUGGCCACGGCCGAUGUUCUCGGUAUCUCGUCCGUCAUGGUCCAGGACAUGUCUGGAAAGAGAAUCAACAACUACACCUUCAAUAUGGAGACCAUGACCUCGUUUGAGGGUGACACCGGCCCGUACCUGCAGUACGCCCACGCUCGCCUCAAUUCCAUCAGGCGCAAGGCUGGCGUGUCCGACGAGGAACUCGCCACUGCUGACCUGUCUCUCCUUACCGAGACCAGCGCCAUCAACCUGUGCCGCCACAUGGCCGGCUGGCCUGAUGUGGUCAAGAACACGCUCAAGACUCUCGAGCCCACCACUGUCCUUACUUACCUGUUCAAGUUGACGCACGCGCUCAGCAGCAGCUACGACCAGCUCCAGGUCGUCGGUAGCGAGCCUGAGUUGAUGAAGGCCCGUCUGGCCCUGUACACUGCUGUGCAGACUGUCCUGGCUAACGGCAUGCGCCUCAUUGGAUUGAGCCCUGUCGACCGGUAUGUUUCUCCUGGUGCCCCUGACUGA